AUGAGUGAUCAAAAUAAUCGAUCGAGAAAUGAAUACCAAUCAAACCGAGAGGACGAAACUGGCUACGAGCUACAAAAUUCCCAUAGUGGACUGUUUCACUCUUCAAAUGAAGAGUUAACAAACAGAAACCAAAGAUACACCAAUCAAAAUACCAGCAUGGGUUCGUUCACUCCAGUCCAACCUUUGCAAUUUCCAGAACAAUCACAGCGAACAAAUAUGCUUUAUAACAGUGAUGAUGACAAUAAUAUUAAUACCGAUGAUAGCGAACGAGAUAUAUAUGGAGGUUUUGUUAACCAUUAUCGCCAGCGCCCUCCACCAGUGACUGCAGAAUACAAUGACGUUUUCAAUGCUAACAACCAGCAACUACCGUCACAACAAUACAGCAACGCAUCCUCAUAUCCAAUACCUUCGAUAAAUGUAAUUCAAACCACUCCUGAGCUCAUACAUAACGGCUCACAGACAAUGACAACUCCCAUCGAAAGACCAUUCUUUAACGAAAACGAUUAUUAUUACAAUAACAGGAAUUCUAGGACAUCACCCAGUAUUGGUUCUAGUAGUGAUGGUUAUGCGGAUCAGGAAGCUAGACCCAUUUUGGAACAACCCACCGAUAACAUGAAUAGUGGCAGCAUCCCACAGUAUCAUGACCAAAACUUUGUAUACAACAAUGGUUAUCAUGGCUUACAGGCGAAAAGUUACUAUGACGAUCCAGAAGGCGGUUAUAUCGAUCAAAGAGGAGAUGAUUAUCAGAUUAACUCAUAUUUGGGUAGAAACGGUGAAAUGGUUGAUCCUUACGAUUAUGAAAAUAGUCUAAGACAUAUGACCCCUAUGGAGCGUAAUCGAUAUCUGCGAAAUGAUAACAGACCCUUAGACGAUGGAAAGGAAGAACUAGACAGUGUGAAAAGCGAUUACUCUCACAGGGACCUGGGUGAAUAUGACAAGGAUGAUUUUUCAAGAGACGACGAGUAUGACGAUCUGAACACUAUCGAUAAAUUGCAGUUUCAAGCUAAUGGUGUACCUGCAUCAUCAUCGGUAUCUUCUGUGGGAUCUAAACAAUCCGACAUCAUAGUAAGUAAUGAAAAUUUAACCGCAAAUAGAUCGCUAAAAAGAAGCGGUACUGAAAUCAGGAAAUUCAAACUUUGGAAUGGUAAUUUUGUCUUCGAUUCUCCAAUCAGUAAAACUCUAUUGGACCAAUAUGCUACUACGACGGAGAGUGCGAGCACUUUACCAAAUGAGUUCAAGUUUAUGAGAUAUCAAGCUGUAACUUGCGAACCUAACCAACUUGCAGAAAAAAAUUUCACGGUCAGGCAGUUGAAAUAUUUAACUCCAAGAGAAACGGAAUUGAUGCUAGUAGUCACGAUGUAUAAUGAAGACCAUAUUUUGUUAGGAAGGACUUUAAAAGGUAUCAUGGACAACGUCAAAUACAUGGUGAAAAAAAAAAACUCAAGCACUUGGGGGCCGGAUGCAUGGAAAAAAAUUGUUGUUUGUAUCAUUUCAGAUGGUCGGUCCAAAAUCAAUGAACGCUCGCUAGCAUUACUAAGUUCAUUAGGUUGUUACCAGGACGGAUUUGCUAAGGAUGAAAUUAACGAGAAAAAAGUAGCAAUGCAUGUCUACGAACAUACGACAAUGAUUAACAUCACAGAUGUUUCGGAAUCGGAAGUGACAUUAGAAUGCAAUCAAGGCACUGUUCCGAUACAACUUUUGUUUUGUUUGAAAGAACAAAAUCAAAAAAAAAUCAACUCACAUAGAUGGGCAUUUGAAGGCUUUGCAGAAUUGUUACGUCCUAAUAUUGUUACGUUGUUAGACGCUGGUACAAUGCCAGGUAAAGAUUCUAUUUACCAAUUAUGGAGAGAGUUUAGGAAUCCGAACGUUGGUGGGGCGUGUGGUGAAAUAAGAACUGAUUUGGGUAAGAGAUUUGUAAAGCUUUUAAAUCCCUUAGUCGCAUCUCAGAAUUUUGAGUACAAAAUGUCCAAUAUUUUAGACAAAACAACUGAGUCUAACUUCGGAUUCAUUACUGUUCUGCCAGGAGCCUUCUCUGCGUACAGGUUUGAAGCUGUGAGAGGCCAGCCAUUACAGAAGUAUUUCUACGGUGAAAUCAUGGAAAAUGAGGGUUUUCAUUUUUUUUCUUCCAAUAUGUAUCUUGCUGAGGAUCGUAUUUUAUGCUUUGAAGUGGUCACAAAAAAAAAUUGUAAUUGGAUUUUGAAAUAUUGCAGAAGUUCUUAUGCUUCAACAGAUGUACCGGAAAGAGUACCUGAGUUUAUUCUUCAGAGAAGGCGUUGGUUGAAUGGUUCGUUUUUUGCCAGUGUUUAUUCUUUUUGUCAUUUUUACAGAGUCUGGAGCAGUGGUCAUAACAUCGGUAGAAAGCUUCUUUUGACAGUUGAAUUUUUUUACCUUUUCUUCAAUACAUUGAUUUCGUGGUUUUCUUUGAGUUCAUUUUUCCUGGUCUUUAGAAUUCUCACUGUUUCUAUCGCACUGGCAUAUCAUUCAGCAUUCAAUGUAUUGUCCGUUAUAUUUCUGUGGCUUUAUGGGAUUUGUACUUUAUCAACAUUCAUACUAUCAUUGGGAAAUAAACCUAAAAGUACAGAGAAAUUUUACGUUCUAACUUGUGUCAUUUUUGCGGUGAUGAUGAUUUACAUGAUAUUUUGCAGCAUAUUUAUGAGUGUCAAAUCAUUCCAGAAUAUUUUAAAAAACGAUACCAUCAGCUUCGAAGGAUUGAUUACCACAGAAGCCUUCAGGGAUAUUGUUAUUUCUUUGGGCUCCACUUACUGUUUGUACCUGAUCAGUUCAAUUAUCUAUUUGCAACCAUGGCAUAUGUUGACAAGUUUUAUUCAGUAUAUUUUGUUAAGUCCGUCUUAUAUCAAUGUUUUGAAUAUCUAUGCAUUUUGCAAUGUGCAUGACUUAUCUUGGGGUACAAAGGGCGCAAUGGCAGAUCCAUUGGGUAAGAUUAAUACUACGGAAGAUGGUAUGUUCAAAAUGGAGGUUCUGGUUUCUAGUUCAGAGAUUCAAGCAAAUUACGAUAAAUAUCUAAAGGUCCUGAACGACUUCGAUCCAAAAUCAGAAUCGCGGCCUACUGAGCCGUCGUAUGAUGAAAAGAAAACCGGUUAUUAUGCAAACGUUAGAUCUCUAGUGAUUAUCUUCUGGGUCAUUACAAAUUUCAUCAUUGUUGCCGUUGUUUUAGAAACUGGUGGGAUUGCAGAUUAUAUUGCUAUGAAAUCCAUAUCAACCGAUGACACUUUAGAAACUGCAAAGGAGGCGGAAAUCCCCUUGAUGACAAGUAAGGCCUCAAUUUAUUUUAAUGUAAUACUAUGGUUGGUUGCAUUAUCGGCAUUGAUAAGGUUCAUUGGUUGCUCAAUAUACAUGACGGUAAGGUUUUUUAAAAAGGUUACAUUUCGCUAA